AUGCGGAUGCUACUGGAGAGCAGCUGGAUGAGGUUUGGACCAGCAGGCAGAGGGUCGUACGACUGGGUGACAGGAUCACCCUCAACCCAGGAGAAACAGGGCUACAACUUGAAUGAGUUGGAUCUGGGAGAGGACAGAAAGUUAGAGUUAGUGGUCUAUCUUGUCCUUCCGGUCCUCUUCGUCCUUGUGCUGGCUGUCCUGGUUGGUUUGAUCUACCGCCGGUGUUCCCGCAGUAAACUGAGUCUGGCUGACAUCAUCGCUCUGGACCUCCAGGACGCAGAGGGCAGUGCCGAGUUCCUCUCCUCCCUGACCAGAAAUGCAGAGCGCCACACCAGCACCAGCUCUGAUGGAUCAGAUGGGGUCUUUGUCAUGGUAUACCUACCUCCGCCCUAUGAGGAAACACUCACCAAGAUCACUCGGGCCGCCAGUCUUUCCAGCUCUAAAGAUGCAGAGUCGAUUAAGAUAGAAGAUCUGGAGGCCAAGCUGUGUCCAGAGCUCAAAUCCAGCAGCCGAUAUGUGUGA